UCAGUGGCAUUAUCGUAAAAAUUACCAAGGCGGUGGCUUAUAAAGACACAUCUCUGGGAGAAAUUUGGCGAUCGUACUUUUUGUUGGUUGGUUCCGCUCAACGCUCCACUCUCUCACGAUUCACAGCAGUGCGCGGUCGUCUUGUUAGGGUUUUCUGCUUCUGGAUCUGGUGCCCACGCUCCUCUCGUACUCCCGAUAGCGCUGUGCUUCGCCCAUUAUUAGAACUUUAAAGUACCAGGAACGAUUGUUCUUUCAGUAACAAAAGAAUGGAAGGGGAGAUAGGCGCAGAUUCAAUUCUAGAUUAUGCACUUUUUAACAUAUCAUCAAAAGAGAACAGGUAUGAGGUUCUCAUUUGCAAAGAGGGUAAAUUUGAAAACUUAGCAUGUGGUCCUCUGGACCAGUUAGCUGUACAUUUAGCACAAGUGAAGCAAUGUCAAUCAAACCCAUCUCGCAAUAACUUUAAGUUGGAAUUGGCUAAUACCUUCGAAAUCUCAUCUUGGUUUACCAAAUCAACUUUGGCAAGUUUUUUAGGUAUUGUUAGCUCCCCCGACGUGGUAAGAACCACCACUGCAGUUGCAAAUGAGAUGUCCCAGUUGGAAGAUACCAGAAGGUUUCAUCUCUCUAUUUAUGAUAAGAAAAAUCCAGAUCACGCUGGAGACGCUACAGCAGGCAGCCACUUUGAAGGUGUUGGCCUAACAAAUACAAAAGUUGAGGCUGGGGCAUCUGAUGCUACAAAGAAUGAAUUGCUGCGUGCAAUAGAGUUGAGGAUUGUUGUACUCAAAGAAGAGUUAGUGGCAUCUUUUAGCCAAGCUGCUGGUGCCACUUUGUCAGUGAAACAGUUAUCUGAUCUAGCAAAAUUUUCACAGCACUUUCAAGUGAGAGAUUUGAGGGAUCCUUUAUCAAAGUACUUAUCAUUGAUUUCAGAAGACCAAUUGGCUGAAUCCUCAGUUAAAGAAGAAUGCUCUGAUGGUUCAAAGAAUAAUCCCGAGGAUAUUAUUGAAGGAAUAUAUACCUUGAGUGCAGCGAUUGGUAAACCAAAAUCUUCUACUGAGGGUAUCUCUCCUGCAAAAAUUGCACAAGCUGAGCGGAAGAGUUCGACAGAAAGUGAUAAUUCCUCCGAGUCUACUGAUGAAGAUCAGACAUUCAAUGAAAGAAGCCGACCUGUUGUUAGGUCUGCAACCCCUAGAAGAGCUGCCUCUCCUAUGAGACGAGUACAAAUCGGAAGGUCUGGAUCUCACAGAUCUACAGCCCUGACUAUCAAGAGCCUCAGUUACUUUUCCACCAGGGAGAAAAUUCCAACCAGCAAGGAUACUGAUGAAAACAACAGUGGAGAUGAACAAACUGAUCAGCCUGUGAAGAAAUCUGAUAAGACAGUAAGAAGGAUGAGUGUCCAAGAGGCAAUUAGCCUCUUUGAAAACAAACAAAAAGAUAACAAUUUGGAUGGUCAGAAAAGGAGAGCUUCAGGAGACAACUCUCUGAUCAACAACAAAACUGUAUUGAGAAAAUGGAGUUCUGGUUUGACCGAUUCUCUGAAUCAUUACCAAGAAAAUGCUUCUGACCCUUUAUCUCAAAGAAGUUGUUCUUUACAUGUGGAAGAAGACAAUAAGAUGACUCCUGUGAAGACUGAGUCUUGUAUAUCUCCAGGCAAUUUGAAUACUGCUUCUGAAACUGCUCAGAUUGCUGCAUCACCUGAGGUAGAGAUAGUGGCAAUUUCAAAGGAUGGUCCUGUGGAUUCAUUAUCAUCCGAGAUUGGCAAAAUUGAUGAUGGGGAUACUGCCUCAGCUGAGUGGAGUAAGCAGAAGGAAGCAGAGCUCAACCAAAUGCUAACUAAGAUGGAGAGGAAACUGGGGAAUUACAGUAAUCCCAAUACUGGUUCUGGUGGGUCCCUGUCUAUCUCCAACAAACAGAGAGGACGAUUUUAUAGUCAGUAUAAGGCAAAACGGGAUGAGAAACUUCGAGCAGAAAAUGGCAACAAACAGCCUGUGAUGGAAAAAAAACUUAGGGUCUUACAGGAAACCUUGAAACCGAGCAAAGCAGAGCCGGCCUUUAAAUCUGGGGUCACUGCUAAAAGGUUGGAUAAUUUGGUUAGGUCUCAAAGACCUCAGAGAAAUUCUCCUCCACCAGUGUUACAAAAAACAGAAGUUUCAAAGUCAGUAGUAUCCAAAAAAGCUUCAGUAAAACCAUCAUCUUUGCCAACUACACGUGCUUCAUGGUCAUCUGGCUCAUUGCCAAAGAGAAGUGGAGCACAGCCUGUUAAAAGUUCUUCUAAAGUGUCCUGUGAUACUACUCCUAGCCGUCGGAGAUCCCAGCCUGUUUGUCCAACUCCACCUAGCCCCAAAAUUGAAAAACCAUUGCAUCAGCCAAGAGAUAAGCCAGAAGCCAAGGCUGAAGUUAAACGAAUUGCCAGAGGUCAAGGGGAAAAGAAACAGAAAACACCAGCAAAUACCAAUAUUACUGUGAAAAACAAAAAUCCAACUGCUUCUCCAGAUGAAUCUGCUUCAUCAGUGGCAAAACCAAGCUUCUAUGACAAGGUGACGAAGAAAGGCAGUGUUGUUCCUUUAGAAGUCAAACCUGCCAGAAAAUUUUCUCGGACUGGACAUGUGGCUGAUCGUGGUUUAACCAAGUCUAGAAUUAUCCAGUCUGAUGCUUCAUCAAAGAGAAGUGACAAUUCCAUUCAAGUUGAAGAGGAGCAGACACCUGAGACAAUGAAUAAGGUACUGGAGGCUGAUCUUGCUGAACAAGCAAAUGAUGUUCAUGCAAAUUUAGUAACUUCACUAGAUAAUUGUUUAAAUCUUGAAAAAACAGAAACUGUGGAUCAAAAUUUAGCUGACGUCGAUAAUGCCAACCAUAACUCUAUAGAACCUCUUGUUGCUGAGAUUCAACCUGAUGAGGAUAUAAGCAUUUCAUCAGUUGCAUGGGUGGAACUAGAACGUGAUGUUCCCACUGCAUGUGACACUGGAUUGUCCAAUGCCUCAAUCUCCAAUGUUCUUGAACCACCACUCAUAUCAAGUCCUCGUGUUCGACAUUCAUUAUCUCAAAUGCUUCAGGCUGAUAGUAAUGAACCAGAUGCCAUUGAGUGGGGAAAUGCUGAAAACCCUCCUGCAUUGAUCUACCACAGGGAUGCUCCCAAGGGAUUGAAGAGGCUCUUGAAGUUUGCUCGUAAAAGCAAGGGAGAGGCAAAUGUGACUGGUUGGGCUAGCCCAUCAAUCAAUUCAGAAGGAGAGGAUGAUGUAGAAGAUCCAAAAUCUGCUUACAAAAAUAACUUUGAUAUGUCCAGAAGAACUUCCCUUCACGAGAAGAGCUACAGUCAGCUAAAAACUAUGGUGAACGAAAGUUUGCAUGAUCACAACUCAAACAAGAGGGCAGGGACAGGCGAUUAUCUAGGAGUUCAUGAUGUAUUGUCAGGUUCAUCAGCAGCAACAUCAACUAAAGCAGCUAGGUCAUUCUUCUCUCUCUCAACAUUUAGGAGCAGCAAAUCAAAUGAGACGAAGCCCCGAUAGUCUCCGACAAUAUAUACAAGCUCCGCUCGCUGAGCAGUAAGUUUCUUCCAAAUUGCUGCUAGUUGUAGAAUGACCAUUAUGAGUUUGACAAAAUGCAGGCCCAUCCACGGUGUUCGAUAGUUUGGAGAAUUGUUCUACUACCUGUGUGGUUUUUCUUUCUUUUUCUUUUUCGGUGCAGAUUUUCAUGAGAAUAAUAGCUUGAUCAAUGUUGUUGAAAUUGAUGUAGUCUGUAUAUGGUUUGUUGCGGCUAUGUGCCCUUUUGCUAUAAGUUUAUGAUGAGAGGACACACCAGAAUAGAGUUCUUUUA